AGCGCGCGGUGUGUGUGUCCGGAGAGAAGCAGUGCGGAUCUGCAGGAGUUUUUCAUUGUUUUAUUGCAGUUUGACUUUCUUUCAGCAUGGAUGUUGCAACAGCAGCCGCGGAGAAUACCGGAGAUAUUGUGAAGGACGAGUUGGCUGAAAAAUGCCAGAAGUUAUUCCAGGCUUUCUUGGAGGAGUUCCAGACCGGGGAUGGGGAGGUGAAGUAUGUCCGGGAGGCCGAGGAGCUGAUCAGGCCUGAGAGGAACACCCUGCUGGUGAGCUUCACAGACCUGGAGGGCUUCAACCAGGAGCUGGCUACCACCAUCCAGGAGGAGUACUACAGAGUUUACCCCUUCCUCUGUCGGGCAGUGCGCAACUUUGCUCGGGAUCAUGGGAAUGUUCCUCUCAACAAAGAGUUCUACGUAGCCCUGGAGGAUCUGCCCACCAGACACAAGAUCCGUGAGCUGUCAUCCAUGCGUAUUGGCACCCUGGUGAGGAUCAGUGGUCAGGUGGUGAGGACGCACCCAGUGCAUCCUGAGCUGGUGAGUGGCACAUUCCUGUGCAUGGACUGCCAGGCAGUGAUCAAAGACGUCCCCCAGCAAUUCAAAUACUCCCCGCCAACCAUCUGCAGAAACCCUGUGUGCAACAACCGCUCCCGCUUCCACCUCGACACGCACAAAUCCAAGUUUGUUGACUUCCAGAAGGUGCGUAUCCAGGAGACACAAGCAGAACUUCCUCGCGGUUCAAUCCCACGCUCCCUGGAGAUCAUCCUGAGGGCCGAGGCUGUGGAGACGGCUCAGGCCGGAGACCGCUGUGACCUCACCGGGACCCUCAUUGUUGUGCCAGACGUCUCUCAGCUGAGCACGCCUGGUGUGCGAGCAGAGACUAGUACCCGUUCAGCCGGAGGACGCCAGGGCUUUGAGUCUGAGGGCUUGAGAGGACUGAAAGCUCUGGGAGUGAGAGAGCUUUCAUAUAGACUGGCCUUCCUGGCCUGCAACGUGGCCCCGACUAACCCACGGUUUGGCGGUAAGGAGCUGCGAGAGGAGGAGCAGACUGCAGAAAGCAUCAAGAGCCAGAUGACCGAGAAGGAGUGGGAGAAGGUGUUCGAGAUGAGCCAAGACAAGAACCUGUACCACAACCUGUGCACCAGCCUCUUCCCCACUAUCCACGGCAACGAUGAGGUGAAGCGCGGCAUCCUGCUGAUGCUGUUUGGAGGCGUUCCCAAGACGACCAUGGAGGGAACUUCGCUAAGAGGAGACAUCAACGUCUGCAUCGUUGGAGACCCCAGUACAGCCAAGAGCCAGUUCCUCAAGCACGUGGAGGAGUUCAGCCCAAGAGCAGUCUACACAAGCGGCAAGGCCAGCAGUGCCGCAGGUCUGACUGCAGCCGUGGUCAGAGACGAGGAGUCCCACGAGUUUGUCAUUGAGGCCGGAGCGCUGAUGCUCGCUGACAACGGCGUGUGCUGCAUUGAUGAGUUUGACAAGAUGGACAUCAAGGACCAGGUGGCCAUCCAUGAAGCCAUGGAGCAGCAGACAAUCAGCAUCACCAAGGCUGGAGUCAAGGCCACCCUGAACGCUCGCACGUCCAUCCUGGCUGCCGCCAACCCUGUCGGUGGGCGCUACGACCGCAGCAAGAGUCUGAAGCAGAAUGUCAACCUGACCGCCCCCAUCAUGAGCCGCUUUGACCUCUUCUUCAUCCUGGUGGACGACUGCAAUGAGGUGACUGACUACGCCAUCGCCAGACGCAUCGUGGACCUGCACUCCCGCAUAGAGGAGUCUGUGGACAGACUGUACUCUCUGGAUGAAAUCCGCAGAUACCUGCUCUUUGCAAGGCAGUUCAAACCUAAGAUCUCCAGCGAAUCGGAAGAGUUCAUCGUGGAGCAGUACAAACGUCUGCGUCAGCGUGACGGCUCCGGAGGCGUGUCGAAGUCUGCCUGGAGAAUAACCGUGCGACAGCUGGAGAGCAUGAUUCGCCUUUCAGAGGCCAUGGCGCGCAUGCACUGCUGCGAUGAGGUGCAGCCCAAACAUGUGAAGGAAGCCUUCCGUCUUCUGAACAAAUCCAUCAUCAGAGUGGAGACGCCUGACAUCAACCUGGAGCCAGAGGACGAAAUGGAGGAGGAGGAGGAGCAGGAGGACGACGGAAACGCCAUCCCUAAUGGAGUAGAUGGUGUAAACGGCCAUGUGGAUGGUGUUAACGGGCACGCCAAUGGAAUUGAUGGCCAUGUCAACGGCGUGAACGGCCACGCUGAGUCUGGCGGCCAGCCCAAACCGUCUCUCCGCCUUUCCUUCCCUGAGUACAGACGCAUCUCCAACCUACUGGUCCUGCAUCUGCGCCGGGCAGAGGAGGCCGAGGAAGAGGAGGAGCUGAAGAAAAGUGCAGUGGUGAACUGGUAUCUGAAGGAGAUUGAGUCAGAGAUAGACUCUGAGGUGGAGUUGGUCAAUAAGAAAGGGCUUAUAGAGAAGGUCAUCCACAGGCUGGUGCACUAUGAUCACAUCCUUAUCGAGCUGUCCCAGGCAGGGCUGAAGGGCUCAGAGUCUGCGAGUACAGAUGAAGUUGUCCUGGUCGUCAACCCCAACUACACCCUGGAAGAUUAAACUCCUCCGCCCAUUCCUCUGUUUUGUUUUUCUCCCCUCUUCUUACAGUUUCCAUGAUUGUUGAUAUUAAACUUCAGCAAUAAAGUUGAUUUUCAAGGGUUUUGAAAUGCUCAUAUGUAACGUAUACAUAGUAGUAGCAUUGGAGAUGUUGUUAAACCUCAGCUCUACUGUACAGAUGAUUCUGGGAGGCGUUUCUUAGUCAAACUGACUUUUUGUAAAUAUGCUGCUCUUCCUUCCAGUUGUUUACUGGCUUCUGUCUGUUUGGCUCUCAGUCAAGGGAACUGCCCUGAAUUGUGUAUUGCUGUUUAUCCACAACUGUAUAUUAGAGGCAUUUGUUGAGGCUUUUUUUGCCUCCAUGGUUUCAAGUUAUAAUGUAUGUGUUUUUGUAAAAUUAUGACAUGAAGUGUAUGGAAAUGUUGGUUUAAUAAAUAAAAUGUUGAUAAACA